AUGGUGCUGGUGCUCCUGGUGCUCAUCCCGGUGCUGGUGAGCUCCGCCGGGGCCGACGGCCACUACGAGAUGCUGGGCACCUGCCGGAUGGUCUGCGAGCCCUACGGCCCCGCCGCCCCCCCGCAGCCCGCCGAGCGCGGCCCCCUCCCGCCGCCCUCCACGCUGGUGCAAGGUCCGCAAGGAAAACCGGGCAGACCGGGGAAACCGGGACUGCCCGGAGAACCAGAGCCACCGGGGGCGCGGGGGGAAGCGGGAAGACCGGGACCGUCGGGAUUGCCGGGGCCGGGGACUACGGUUGCGGUGAGCGCAGCCACCUACAGCACAGAGGUGAGAGUCGCCUUCCACGCUGGGCUCAAGAACCCCCACGAGGGCUACGAGGUGCUCAAGUUCGACGACGUGGUCACCAACCUGGGCAACAGCUACGACGCUGCCCUGGGCAAGUUCACCUGCGCCAUCCCCGGCACCUACUUCACCUACCACGUCCUCAUGCGCGGCAGCGACGGCACCAGCAUGUGGGCAGACCUCUGCAAGAACGGGCAGGUCCUGGCCAGCGCCAUUGCGCAGAACGUCGACCAGAACUACGACUACUCGAGUAACAGCGUCAUCCUGCACCUUGAUGUGGGGGAUGAGGUGUUCAUCAAGUUGGAUGGGGGCAAAGCCCACGGCAGCAACAACAACAAGUACAGUACCUGCUCCAGCUUCAUCAUCUACUCGGACUGA